AUGUGGAUGCCAAGGUCUUUGCCGGAGAAAAGGGAUGUAGGAAAUGGAUUAAUUGCGGUGGCAAUAGACAAGGAUAAGGGCAGCCAAAUUGCCCUCAAAUGGGCCAUUGACAAUCUUUUGGUGAAAGGGCAGACUGUUAUUCUCAUCCAUGUCAGUCUCAAAUCAUCUUUUUCUUCACAUUCAGCUUCCCAAAGGAUGAACCAAAUUGCUGAUUCCAAUGGCGCAUCCAAUGUUGAUCCCAAGGAGUUAUUCCUUCCUUUCCGCUGUUUCUGUACGCGUAAAGAUAUUAGCUGCAAGGAUGUCAUACUGGAAGACACAGAGGUCGCAAAAGCAUUAAUUGGAUACGUUAAUCAGAAUGCAAUUGAGACUUUGAUUGUUGGUGCGUCGGCGAAAGGAGGCUUUCUUAGAUUCAAAGCAGCAGAUGUCGCCAGUAGCGUGUCGAAGGGGGCACCAGAUUUUUGCACUGUAUAUGUUAUAUCCAAAGGGAAGAUUCAAUCCAUACGGGCUGCCUCCCGUUCUGCACCAAUUAACUCUUCAUUGCAUAACCAAUUUCAUAAUCAAAACAGCACAUCGCCAGCUUCUAUGGAUGCACAGAUCCCCCCACUUCUGUUAAAAGAGUACCCAAAUGAGAAAGGGGAAACUUUAUCAGUCUCUCGAAGGACUAACGUUAAAAUUUUCGCAACUGAAAACAGGUCACCAUUCACUAGGAAAGGCUUAAAUGGAAAAUCGUACGGUGAACUCUCGGUUCCAGAUACUGAUAUAUCCUUUGUCAGCUCAGGCAGACCAAGCAUCGAUCGCAUAUUUCCAUCAUUUUAUGACAAUACAGAAACAAGCCGCACACCUCCACGGCUCUCAAACAUCUCUGACAUUGACAGCAACUACAGCUUUGAGUCAUCGCAUUAUGGAAGGAGGUCAAUGGAUCAAAGUGGAUUUUCACCUGAAUUAUCGAACUUCUCAAAUGAAAGUGACCAGAUGCUAUCAGCUUCGGAUGAUGUUGAGGCUGAAAUGAGAAGGCUAAAGCUGGAGCUCAAGCAAACAAUGGAAAUGUACAGUUCUGCCUGCAAAGAAGCACUCACUGCAAAACAGAAGGCAAGAGAGCUUCAGCGCUGGAAAAUGGAAGAAGAGCAGAGAUUGGAAGAAGCACGACUAGCUGAGGAAGCUGCAUUGGCAAUUGCAGAAAAGGAAAAAGCCAAAUCCAAAGCAGCAAUUGAGGCUGCAGAAGCAGCCCAGAGAAUUGCUGAGCUGGAAGCACAAAAAAGGAUUAGUGCAGAAAUGAAAGCACGCAAAGAAGCAGAAGAGAAGAGAAAGGCCCUUGAUGCUCUGGCAAAUUCAGAUGUCAGAUACAGGAGGUACUCAAUCGAAGAAAUUGAAGCUGCAACAGAAUACUUUUCAGAGUCGCGCAAGAUUGGAGAAGGGGGUUACGGUCCUGUGUACAAGUGUUAUCUAGACCAUACAUCCGUAGCAAUUAAGGUUUUACGUCCGGAUGCAGCUCAAGGAAGGUCACAGUUUCAGCAAGAGGUAUGUGGCCAAAAACAAUUCUCUACAGGAACUUCAAUUCUCGAAAAUUUUCAAGCUCUUAUUCUGAACCGUAUUUCAAAGGAAAAAUCAGUGAAGUCACAUUUCAGAAAGCAAUUUCCCCAAAAACAUUAUUUUUUAAAAUUCAUUGAACAGCUUAAGAAUGAACCCCUUGAUUUUUUUUAA